GUCUGCUGUUAGCAUACAGUCACUACGUAUCAUCAGAUGAUUCCAGUCCAUUGUUGGAUGCAUUAUCUGGCACUCGGGGCUAGACAAGAGAUGUCACCAUUCUCAUUAAACACCCAUGCAUCGACGGCAGCAGUUCUAAAUCGGUUACGGCAAGACCAGAGUGGGCAUGCUUAACUGGCACCAGAUGGAAGAGAUUCGCAUGGCCUGGUAGAAGACCCUUUGUGUGGGGCUUGGAUGAGAGAAACGAUAAUGAAUCAAGAGAAAUUGGCUAAACUGCAGGCGCAAGUGCGCAUCGGCGGAAAGGGUAGUGCUCGGCGAAAGAAGAAGGUGGUGCACAGGACGGCCACGGCCGAUGACAAGAAGCUGCAGUUCUCUUUGAAGAAGCUCGGCGUCAACAACAUCUCCGGCAUCGAAGAGGUCAACAUGUUCACCAAUCAGGGCACAGUGAUCCACUUCAACAACCCCAAAGUGCAGGCAUCGCUCGCCGCCAACACAUUCACAGUCACGGGCCACGCCGAGACCAAGCAGCUCACCGAAAUGUUGCCGGGCAUCCUCAAUCAGCUCGGCGCCGACAGCCUCACUAGCCUCAGGAGGCUCGCCGAGGCGCUACCCAAACAAGCCCCGGAUGGUAAAGCGCCGAUCGCCACUGUAGAAGAGGAAGAUGACGAAGUCCCAGAUCUGGUUGAGAACUUUGACGAGGCUUCCAAAGACGAAGCAAACUAGAGGACCAAGCGAAGACAUAUCGGGGACCUAGGCUUCUGAACUUGGCUGCCACGGAUGGCUAAUAUGUUUGAACUGAGUGGACAUUCACGUUAUCGGUCCCGUUGACGGCGACAGGCGUCCAAUCUCUUUAGACUGGAAGACUAUCUAAAUGGGAUGCACGUCUAUCAAAGUCAGUGGAAGUAAUUGAGUUCAUUUCCGAGCUUUGACCUUGCCUAAUGAUUGUGUGUAAAAUAAUUUCCUUUCGUGUGACUUAACCAUGUGUCUGCAAUAAAAAAAGUGAAGCUACUGUCAACAA